UGCACGUAUGUAUGUUCUUGGUUCGCACGUCACAUCUGGAUGUUUGGAAUUUUCCACGUUUGUUUUCCUGACAGUUUCGUUCAGCCGUUCGCUCGCCGUCCGCCCUCUCCGUAAACACACUUCAGUUGUCACUUGUCAGUCGCUCGUCGCGUUGUUCUGACAUUCGUCUUUUGUUCGCGAGUGCGUGAGUUUGCUGUCUGCACUUGGUGGAGAGAAUCCUCGAAUUUCGGCGGAGUUGUAACGUUGCGGACAUCAAAAUUCGGUUAACGAGUGAACAAUGCUUAUACGUUUGCACACUGCCAGUGUAUACGCACCGAGCCGUCCGCGAAUCGAACUUUUGACUUGUGCUUGAGGUGCCCCAGCGCCACCCAAAACACGGAAAACGCGCUUUUGGCGUCGAGGCAAGAACACGGGCUGAGAAUCUGCGGUGCUGGUGUCGGCGAGUCCGAAACGAGAACGCGAAGAUCCGUCGUCGCUCGGAGCUCUGGCUGAAAUCGCCGUCGCUGCGGCCAAGUUUCUUUGUCACCAAAACAUCGGGCGCCGAGCUGAGCGCAAUCAGACGUCGGGCCAAGAGUCAGCCAGCCUCGUCGCGGACGGGCCAUUUAUUUUUCAAGUUUUUCGUUGGCUGCUGCGUAUUUUCGACAUUUUUCAGUUUUUCACGCAUCUGCGUCGCUCUUUCGUCCCGCACUCCGUGCUGUGAAGUGUCUUUGGUUUUGCUCGAUCGUUUGUGACGCGCGCGUGGGUCCUGUCCGACAUGGUGCCUUGGUACUUGCCAUGGUCGGACCUUCUGAAGAAGAAGGUCUGCAGGUACCUGCUGCAGCGCUACCUGGGCCAGUUCCUGGAGGAGAAGCUGCGUCUCGAGCAGCUUAAUGUCGAGCUGUACAACGGCAGGGGGACCGUGUCCAACGUGUCCCUGUACCCAGAGGCCAUAAAUGAACUAUGUGAGAGUCAGGGAUGGGGAAUCGAGGUGACCGGGGGACAUAUUGGGUCGGUUGCAGUAACUAUUCCCUGGAAUGCACUGAUGACAAGAGAUAGUCAUAUAGAAGUAUCUGAACUUAGCAUGACAAUCCGGCCGCGAGCACGUCAAACAGAUGGUACUUCCAUGUUAGAAUCAAUGUGGUCAUCUGUAAGCAGCUCCAUGCAAUUGGCACAGGAAUGUUUGGAGAAAGAAGGAGGGGAAAUAGAUGCUGAAACUGCACAAAAUGCAGCUAUUGAAGGUUUAGAAAAAUUCGCCCAAACUAUUGAUAAUGUUCUCAAUAGAAUCAAGGCAAACUUAGUAAAUACGACUAUAAGACUGGAGUUCAUACUCCCCAAAAGUGAACGGGGAAUAGCUAUAAUAAUUACAAUUAAGAGAAUAGAAUAUAAAAAUGAAGCUGGUGCUGAUCCACCACAAACCUCCCCAACUAAAGAGGAAGAAGCGAAAAAUGAUCCGACUGAUAGUCAAAAAACACAUUUACUUUCUAGUUACGCGACACACAAUAUUAGGUUGGAAGGUAUUGUAUUUUAUACGGAAGAAUUUCGAAUAGAGAAACCAACGGAUAAACGUGACACAGGCACAUCUAGUGCACAAUUCUAUAGCACUAUAUCACAGUUACCAGAAACAGAACAAUUUAUUUCAAGUAGAAAAUCUUAUGAUGAAUCGGACUCAGAAAGCGAUACUGAUAGUAAAACGGAAUCAGAAAAACCCGAUCCAAAUGCGAAAAUUCAUACCACUAAAGCCAUCCAGAUUUGUAGAAUGGAAGGUGUCCAGGAGUUACGUUUAAAAAUGAAACAAUCGGAAAAUAUUCAAGGAGCAAAAGUUCACUUGGAUUUAUCAUUUGGUACUCUACGUUUAUUUCUUACUCCACGUCAAAUUCAUCUGAUAACAACAUUUUGUGAGGCAUUUGGCAGCGGAAGUAAUAAGAAAGACACUCGAUUGGAUAAAACAAUAAGAUCAUCGAAGCGUCUUCGCGAAAUUAGGAGAAGUAGUUCACUUGGUCUAUCAAAUACCAUGACAGGUGCAAUAGUUACGAAUGAUAGCUGGUCGUGUGCAGAUGAUGAUUUUCGACAAUUUCAAACUUCAACACAAUCAAGUGACUACAAAGAACACUCCAAGUCGUUUGAUAUUCCAGAAUCAUUGGAUAGCUCAAUGACAAGUAGUAGUAGCACGACAAAUUCUUCAAAAGUGCGGAAGCGAGGCACAAACGUAAAUAUCAGUGGUGAUAUUUCGCACUACACACUUUAUAUGACAUCGGUUAGCAUCAUGUUAUUACACGAGGAUAUACUAGUAGAAUGUUCUGUCGGCAUGGACAGUCCUCUAAGUGAAGAAAGUGUGAGUAAACUUCUCACUCUUUCGACGACCUACUUUGAAAAUAACUCUACUGAUAAAAGUGCCAAAGAAGACUUGAUUAGCAAAAGUCAUCUGAAACUUGAGCUAAGUCCUAUCAUUAUGGAUGGCGAAGAACAAAGAAGCAAUAAUGUGCAACUACUAAAAUUCAAUAUGUCCAUACCUCAAGUAGAUAUACUGGAAGUCCUUGAGUCCGUUGAAACUCCGAUAAUAUUGUUUGCAAGGAACGAAAAAGAUAAAAUGGGUGACGUGAAAAAACGACCAAACGUCCAUUUGAGCUUUAAACAAAUCACCCCAACGUUGCGUCGCACGGCAAAUAAACGAAAACCACCUACGAAAACAGACGUGGUGCUGUCUUUGGAGCCGUGCGGAAUUGAGUUAGAUAUUUCAUUGUAUGAUCGUUUGAAUUCGCUAUUGAACACAGCUCCCUUCAGUAUGACACCAAUGAGAUCCAAAUCAGAUGCAAGCAAGUCAAGUGAGCCAUCUUCUCUUGAAUUCAAUGUUGAUUCCUCGUCAAUAGAUGUUCGCUUGAGAUUCCCCAUCAACGAUUCAAGACCAUUACACGACGAAAACAGAAUUCCCUGGUGGAAAAAAAAUAUUCGUGAUGAGUUCCUAUUAUUUGAAAUGCAACGAUUUCGGAUGCAAUACACAUUCCCAUCCGUUUUGGAAGUCGUCGCAAAUGAAAUAAAUAUUUUCUUCUGUGAAAAUAUGAAUGCAAACAAAAUUCAUAUAGGGAGAACUACACUAGUGGAGAAAAGAGGACCUCGGUCUUCAGACUCUUCGACCAUGGAUUAUCCGAAAUUAAGGUUAGAAUUUCCCUCAGAAAAGUCGCUACGAAAUAUAACAAAACGUAUGCUGGAAGAUGGAAGCGAUAGUGGUGAAACUUCCGGUGACAGUUAUGCCGGAACACUUUAUACUUCAAAGCGACAUGAACGUUCGCCAUUCAGUUCGAAACGUGUAUGCCGUGAAAGUGGAACUCCACAUCACAGAGAGAAUUCAGACAAUUCAGAAACCUUUUUACUGCCGGGAGACUCGGAAGAAAUGCGACGCUUCCGUGAUACAACAAUGCAAACGUCAAAAGUACAGAUCCAGUUAUUUUUCCCAUCUGCCAAUAUCCAAAUGAAUUCGAAACAUUUAUAUGAGGUGAUAUACAAUUUAUUGAAUACCGAUCUCCUCAUGUGGAAACCAUCAGCGCCAACAUUUCAAGCAGAUCCUCCAGCAACAUUUUCAAGUACGAUGGAUUCAUUUAUGAAUGCUGGUAUGAUGGAUUCUAUAUAUAUUCCAAGAAGUAAGUGUGAUAGUGACGCUGAGUCGGGUUCAACUUCGUCGGGUGGAGAAGGCUUCGAUUCGGAUCAAGAAUCGGACAUGUAUUAUUCAACUUAUGAUCGAAAAUAUACUAGUUCCAGUCGACGUACAUUAUCAACAGUACCGACUCUAACGACAAACUCCUGCUCAUUCGAGCUAAAUAUUAAUGAGGGAGUUCUUACCCUACUUGCACCCGUUCGUGGUGCCGAUAAUAAAGUCAUUCCCGGUCAAAGAGGGGAAUUUGUGAUAACAUUAAGCAAUCUUACGUUAUUCACUGUAAGUGGAUAUCAAGAAAACAAGAACCUGUCGUAUGUAUGCCUGCAAGCAUCGGAAGCUGAACUUUUUCAUUGUGGGCUGGUUCCUACACCUGACCUUAGUCCAUCUUUAAGGUUAUGUGGAGAUGCAUUACCUGAUUAUUUGAAAUCAACAUUGUACCCUUCACCGCAUGAUGUGACUUUACGAGGAGGCCGAGGAUCAGUAGAUCGCGAAAUGCUGUCGUUGGCUAUUCAAGUGAAGGUCGUACCGGAGCAAAGAGUGAAACGUAUAAGUGUGACAGUUGGCCUCCAAAAUACAACACUACGCCAUCAUCCAACGAUUUCUCAGCAUACAUGGCUAAACCAAAUAAUAGACAUGAUUGACGUCUUAGACUAUCCGAUAGAAGGUUAUAUCCCCUAUGGUGUUGUAACAGAAAUGCAGUUGCAUUUAUGGGAUUGUAGUAUAGACUAUAGGCCACUUCAUUUUCCUUAUCGAGCUAUUUUAGAUCUUGGUUACUUUAUGAUAAGCAGCAAUCUCACAACCUCCUUACCCGGAUGCACACUGCGCUUCAUAGCGGAAGAGUGUGCACUCUGUCUAGCACCUUACGAUCCGGAAGGAGAAUGUGAUAUUGUAUCCAACGAGUUCCUUGUUUCGGUUGUAGAUCUAGGCCUUUUAGAAAUUUCUCUACGGAUAAAUGAGAAAAACACAUCACUUUUCCCGAAAUUAGAUCUUCGUGCCUUCAUUCAAGGUGUUCACAUUCGGACUUGUUCAGAUUCUGGACAAGUUUUAGCACAAUUGAUAGGUUAUUUUGCUGCAGAUUCUGAUCUGAAUACGACAGCGUCUGAAUUCGACGACUCCAGUCACUUAUCUGAUAGAGAUGAAGGGGCGGAACUUCUACCUAUGAAGAAACCUUCCCCUUCAGUGCCAGUUGUGACACCAAAGCAACAAGAACGUGUGAAUACUUUACUUUCGGAAGCUAUGCAAGAAAGUAUUCGUAUAGUUUCAGAUUCUUCUGAGGAUGAAGGUGCUUUCAAUACUGGAGUCGAAGUAUUCUUCUUUCCGGAUGAAGCGCAAAAAGCGAAAGCCGAAGCUUUGAAGAAAGAAGAAAAAAGGGCAAUAGACGUUGGCGAGGAAAUGCUUGAAGAAACCCCCAAACCAGAUAGCUUUAACGAACCAAUGGCAAAGAGAGAAGAACCAGCACUAACUGACAGACUUUUACCAGGUCCUGCACAAUUUACUCAAUCAUAUUAUAACCAACGACGUGACAGUGAAUGUAGUGAUGAAAUGCGUGAUAUACUUAAUUUUGAAACAUCUAUUAUGGCUGCUUCCUACAUGAAAGAAGAUGAAUCCGUGGAAGCUGUCCCCCAAGUCACGGAAGAACUGGGCCAAAUAACAAUCGCUCCACCGCCGGCACCUUCAUGUUUCACUAAAAGAAUGAGUUCAGACACCGACGAAGAAUAUUGCAUGAUUGCAGAAGAGGAGAAAGCAGCAUUUACAAAUUGCGGUGUAUCAAAGUUGAAAAUAGAUGGUGAUCCCAUACGCAUUGUAGAUAACCAUUUCAGCAUCCCAAUUGGAAAACCCGAUCUAUUGCGUGCUCCACCCAAUUUCCCGAUGGCCGUAAGCAGAUACACACUUUGCGAAAUGUCUGUUACUUGGCACUUACACGGCGGACAUGAUUUUCCAAAGAAGGAUGAAAAUCAAUCCGAUGAAGAUAAAUUAAAUGAUUACAGUUCCCCUGGAAUGUCUAAGGUAUACACAUCGGGAGUUUCAUAUACAAAGGGCCAACCAGGUGUAACGUUUAACAAAAAACCAAUGGCUAAACUGUCCUGGAAGACGCGUGGGGGACCAUGGCGAAAACAUGAUGUCCUAGUCGAAAUACAAGUUAAUAAGGUGCGAAUAUCACACGAAGUGUAUCCACCGCACACCUUACAAGCCUCAAGACAAGUUUUACUCAUCACAGAACUAGAGAUUUUGGAUAAAUUGCAAUCCUCCGAUUUUCAUAAAUUCCUCUACCACCCUUCGACGAACAAUCUACCGAAGACAAGUUCCCAACAUAUGGUUGUAAUAAAGGCAUUACAUGUGCGACCUAAUCCUAUUUUACCCGCGCAAGAGUGCUGUUUGAGGAUUUCGUUAUUGCCGUUGAGAUUAAAUAUUGAUCAAGAUACCCUACUGUUUCUUGUUGACUUUUUUACUGAAUUGAGUGUGACAGAUGAUGAAGGACAAACCCGUAAAAAAUCUGUUGUGCCACAUCAACCGCCUGUGAUGCUAGUUGAAGAUUUGCCAGAAGCCGUGCAAGAUUUACAAGCAAGAAAAAUGGUUUCGGAAAAUCUAAUGUUACUAACAGAAGAAGAAAAGGAAAAAGAAGAAAAAGAACCACAUCAAGUACCUGAGGAAAGCAACGAUUUCCCAAUAUAUUUCAAGGAAAUAAUUUUUAGCCCUGAAGUGAUAAUACGACUAGACUAUCACGGACGACGCAUAGAAUUGUCGAGAGGUCCAAUAGCUGGUCUGGUCAUGGGCCUAGGACAAUUGCAAUGCUCCGAAUUUCGUUUAAAAAAGAUUUAUCACAGGGAAGGUAUACUGGGGGUGGAUCGACUUUUGAGUUUCCUGUGUCUGGAAUGGUUGACAGAUAUAAAGACGAGGCAAAUACCGUCGAUUUUAGGUGGUAUCGGCCCAAUGAAUAGUGUAAUUAAGUUCUUUCAAGGAAUAUUCGAUUUGGUUCGACUUCCAAUCGAGCAAUAUCAAAAGGAUGGACGAAUUAUCCGUGGCUUACAACUUGGAGCACAAAGUUUCACUGCAAGAACUGCAAUGGCAGCGUUAGAGUUAACAGCGCGAAUAAUUCAAUUUAUACAGUUCACUGCUGAGACGGCAUACGAUAUGGUAUCACCAGGUCCAACCGUGAAACGCUACCGCCAAAGCCAGAAAAAGACCAAACGUAAGCGUAUGCAUCGCCCACAGGACAUUCGUGAAGGAGUUGCAAAUGCUCUACAAAUCGUAAGAGAGGGAAUCGGGGAAACAGCUCAAACAUUACGAGACGUAACCAUUGAGGAGCACGAUCAAAAAGGCUAUACUGGGGCUGUCGGAGCAGUUGUUCGUCAAAUUCCACCAAUUGUUUUUUGUCCAAUAGUCCUCGCUACCCAAGCCACAACGAACAUCCUAGAUGGCGUCCAUAAUCAACUUGUACCAGAGGCGCGAAUGGAGGCGCGCGAAAAAUGGAAGGAAGAUGAUCAGUAAGAGUGAAACAUCGAACAAUCGUCUUUCACUCCGAUUACUCAUGACAUAUCAGAUCACAAACUACUGAUGUAUAUACUUAUAUAUAUACGGAAAUACAAUUUAUUUGUGGGCAUGGAUUUAUCGCUAAUAAUACAGUUGAAGACCCUUUGCAUGAAUCGGUGAGAACGGGACAAACUAAAAUAGUUUAUAUAUUUAUUUUUAUCGACUAUAUCAUAAGUAAUUUUGUAUUUUUCCCUCUCCUUGAUAAAGUUUAGAAUUUGUCCUUAUUAUUUCCGCCAAAAUACGAUUUAAUAAACACGUAAAAAGCUUGGAAUGAUAUGCAAGCCCGCGCUAGUGCUAAAUAAAAUAAAUAAUGUAUGGGAAGUUUACGAGUGGUCGAAGAGUGUGAUAUUGAGAAUAUUUACUAGAUAUUGAUUGGAGAAGAGAAAUGCAAUUUGAAGGGAAUUUUCUCAUACAGUAGAAACAUAGAAUAACUCUAUUCAAAAGGUUUAUAGAAGAAAAGUGUGAAUGAUUUUAGUGUUUUUUAUGUGAAGAGAAAUUGAGAUUGCGGAUGUCGAACGUUAAUAGAAUGCUUAAUUUAAUACCGAAUAUGAAAUAUAUUCUAUAUUUCCUGUUUUCUAUAAUUGUAGAUAUAAGAUCUUAGGUGUAUAUUAUACAAAUGCAUAUUGUGCAUGAAUAUAUUGAUGAGAAAUAUAUAAUAAAUUUUUUUAACGUUGUUUAAACCAGA